AUGAUUCCGAAUUUGAACAUGGAAGCUGAAAAUAGUUUAGAAGUAAGCAGCCAAGUAGGUUCCAACUUUUACUUUCAAGAAACAACAUCUUAUGAUGUUACCAAAGACAGUGCAACAACUUCCUGUCUUACAACUCUUCCAGAUUCCAUUUCGCUUGACCUGACUCUCACCUUGGAUCCGAGCGAUGAAGAUUUCAAGGAAACAAGCGACACUAACAGCGAGAUAGUAGGAGCUGAUCAGGCGAAUAACACCACCGUGUCAGCGCCACCGGUUCAUAGAGUUUUCUCUUGUAACUAUUGUAAGAGGAAGUUCUUUAGUUCACAAGCCUUAGGCGGACAUCAAAACGCGCACAAACGGGAGAGAACGAUGGCCAAACGCGCAAUGCGAAUGGAAAUGUUUACUCAAAGGUAUACAAGCUUAGCUUCUUUACCUCUUCAUGGUUCUUCUUCUUGUCAUUCUCUUGGUAUUCAAGCUCAUGCUGCAAUGCAUAACAAUCACAUGCCAUCGUUGUCGUCAAUGAGGGUUAAUGAUAUACGCGCAACGGUGAAAUUCGAGAAUGAGUAUUUCGGAGCAGCUCCGAUGUUUAUGCAUAACGAAGACUCGGGUGUAUUUUGGCCUGGAAGUUUCAGACAGAUAGAUCAAAGUGUUCAUGCUCAUAAUUCAAGAUUGAAUACUGGUUUUGUUGUAGCAACAGAACCUCCUCAACAAACAUCUACUGUAUCUCCUGAUCUCACUCUCAGGCUUUAG